UCUCUUUGCCAUUAUUUAAAAUGGUGCCGCCGGCUUCGGCUCCCGGAAGCGGGCGGUGAUGGCGCAUGCGCGUUGAUGCGCGGCGCAGCCCCUUUUUGUGCGGCGCUGCGGCCUGUGGUGCCGGGGAUGGAGGAGGGCGGCGGGCCGGGCGCCGCUGCCGCGGGGCUGUCGGCAUCACAGCGGCGGGCGGAGCUGCGGCGGAGGAAACUGCUGAUGAACUCUGAGGAGCGGAUCAACCGCAUCAUGGGCUUCCACCGGCCCGCGGCAGCCAAGGAUGAUGAAAGUCACGUAGAAUCAAAACUCGAACAAGAUAAAUCGAAUUCCCAUCCUCUUCCUUCUGUUUCAAAACGAAUCGUGCUCGGUGAUUCGGUCUCCAGUGUGUCCGGAACAACUGACCAUGCAGUCAGUAUGGGAGACCUCAAAGGGGAGAAGGACUUGUUCAGUAAGACCCCGCAGCUUGUCAGUGAGGGUACAAGUGAGCUCCGGCACCGUAACAGAGGGGAGCUGCCAUCUGAAGCCACAGCACGGCCACCCAGGCAUGGAUUAGAACAAUACUUAUCCAGGUUUGAUGAAGCUCUGAAGCUGAGGAACCAGCUAAUGAAUGAGAAGCCGAGCCAAGAGAACGGGAAUGCGGUGGAGGAGUUUGAUUCUUUCCGCAUAUUUCGAUUAGUGGGAUGUGCUCUGCUUGCCAUUGCAGUGAGGGCCUUUGUGUGCAAGUACUUGUCAAUAUUUGCACCAUUUCUUACUCUACAACUUGCUUACAUGGGACUAUCCAAGUACUUUCCAAAGAGUGAGAAGAAGGUGAAAACUACAGUACUAACUGCUGCUCUGUUACUGUCUGGAAUCCCUGCAGAAGUGAUCAGUCGCUCUAUGGACACCUACAGCAAAAUGGGAGAUGUUUUCACAGACCUCUGUGUCUAUUUCUUUACUUUUAUCUUUUGCCACGAACUCGCUCUGUUAUUUGGCUCUGAAGUACCAUGAUGGCUGUAAAGUUCAAUGCAAUACUUACACUAAAGCUUUCUGGUCUGUACACCUUUAACAUCUGACAGGUUGAAACCUUAGUUAACGUUCUUUCCUGUUUUUGAAUGCUUGAAAGGAGCCUUAAAUCCAGUCAUCUGGGAGAUGGAACAGCAAGGUCCCAGGCUGCCAGUCAUAUUAGUUUGGUUUAUGUAAAUACUGUGUCUGCCCACUGAAAAUGUGAAGCAUAGAAUGCAAGUGUUGCUGGAUGAUUUGUUUAGUGCGGUGAUGCCCUUCCCACCUCCAUAAAGAUUUACGAAGCUGCCUUUGUUCCUUCUGCUGAGAGCAAAGAGAAUUGCUUUCAGCAGAGCCAUAUAUAUAAAUCUAGUAUGAAUAUAGCUAAUAGAGCUUGUCUGUGAGUCCCAGCAGCCUGUUGUUGCACUUGUUUUUCCAAGGAAACAAACCAGAAAUACCAACUCACAUCAGGAGGGGGAAGUUGGACAGAGCAGCCACCGAGCUGCAAUGUCAGAUGUUUGUUAGAUGUAAAAAUAGCUUUUUGCAGGGCUGCCUAUGACGGGUUUUUUCCUACAUGACCUUCAUUAUCUCGAUACGUUCACGAUCAACCAGUUGCAUGUAAACAGAACCAUCAUUGCCGAGGAGUUCUGCUACUGCUGUGCCACCGUCCUACAGCCCAGCACUGUCAAUAGGGCCUUUGAUUCAGCAGAUCUGUGGAUGGUAACUGAGUUGCUAACCAUUCCCUUCACUGUUUUGCCCCAAUGAAAUCCUAUUAGCUAUCCCUGUUUUAAACCCCACGCGUUACACGUGAGAGUAAAAUAAGAAACAAACUGCUGUUUUUAAUUGACUGCCACAUAUAGAAAGUGUAUUUGUCCUAUGGGUGUCCAGCCGUGUAGCUGAAAAAACAACAGAUAUAAGUGAGUCCUGGCUGAAGGAGCAGGUUAAUGAAUGUUCUUGUUUUCCAUUGUAAGGAUGUUGGUGAGGUGUCAUUCCAAAUAGCCAGCACUGGGCUUCAGGCUCUUAUGUUAGAUACAUUUGUGGCAUGACGGCCUGUGUAUCACUUUAACAGUUGUUUGUUUCUUUAUUUUCCAAUGAAUGUUGUAUUUCAGGUGUCCGAGGCUGGGUUGGAAAAAGUUCUGACUUAAACCCGUUAGCACAGAUAGAAGUAAAGCUCCUGAGAUGGACAGGAGUCCCACCACAUUGAAAUAGCUGCUGGGCUUCCAGGUGGGGCUGGAACAUGGACCUGUUGUCUAUGAGGGAUGGCAAAGGGCUGGUUGGGGCUUCUGCUGGGCAACUCCUCACCUUAGGCCAAGAAAUGAAUCUCCUUCAUUCCGUUUUAACUUAUCUUUGUGGAUGGAUGUUGUUUAAUGUCUAUUGCUGAACCGAUUGUUUUCUAUUAAAUUUGUUACCCCCUUC